AUGGAAAAAGUAGCCCAUAAAGGAGUUGCUCUCAGCAAUAUUGAUAAGAUCAUAACUGAUGCAUGGAAUUUAAAACCAUCUCCUCCGUCAAGCCCUCUACUUACUUCCCCAUAUAAAAUUAACAAAAAUCUGUUCAAAUUUUAAGGUAAAAUUGUUAAAUUUAUUUAUAUUAUUUUUUAUAUAAUAAUCAGUAAUUAAAGUGCUCGCUUUGCUUAAAUAAUAUAUUAUUUACACUCCCUCUAUACUAGAAUAAGCUUUACUCCCCCCCCCCCCUCCGUGAGCGAACAAAAAAAUUUUGUUCGCUCACGGAGGGGGGUUAAUUUUUUUUUUAAAAAAAAAUUUAUAUAUAAAUUUUAUAAAAAAUAUUUUUUUCGAAAUUUAAAAAAAUCCUAAUUUGCAAAAAUUGGGAAGCAAAUAUUAAUUUAAUUUGCAAAAUUUAUGUUUUAAAACGCAAUUUGUUUAAAAAUUAAACAGAAUUAGCUCUAGAUUUCAUUAUACUAAUUAUCACUUAUAUAUCAAAAUUUUUUUCCAUUAAAAUUUUUUCAAUUAAAAAAAUUUUUGUUCACUCACGGAGGUGGGUUUUGGUCAAAAAAUGGCGAUUUUUCUAAUGGUUUUGUUCGCGCUCACGGAGGGGGGGGGGGAGUUAGUAAUUUUUUUUAUUUUGUCAAGGUUAAAUUGGGAAGCUAUUUACAUAGAAAAUAUUAUUUUUCUUUAUAAAAAUUCCUCCUUGUUUACCCAAAAAAUUGAAAUAUUUUGUUUCAAUAGCGAGAAAUUAGUACAAAGUCGCAAUCGUAUAUUCGAAUAUAUACCGCAAGCUCCAGAUCAAUGAGAAAAGAUAUCAGUGAAUCUGAAAAGUUUACCCAGGCUACACUCUUAACAGGUAGAAUUCGCAAAAAUACAUUUAGCAUCAAAGAAUUCCAAAAGCAAGAAAAAAAUCCUCACGAGCGUAUUCUCUUAGAGCACAAAUAUUCAGAAACUCAAAGAAAUCUUUUUCAAGCAAAAAGUGACAUGCUAGAUAUAAAGCGAGACAUUUCUACUUAUGAAUACGAAUUCUGCAAUAAAGCAUCAGUAGGAUUAAAGCUCAUCAAAAUAAGCAACGCUACAUCUGGCUUGCCAAGUGUUAUAGAAAACCUCCAAAAUUUUCACUCUGAAACAUCAAGCUAUUUAGAUUUAUUAAAAGUAAAAUUUUCUCAAAUUCAUCAAUUAUAGCUGCCGAAUUCAACUUGAUCCGAGAGAAUCUAGAAAUUUAUGGUAUUUAAAAUUAAUUUGAGAUACUUUUCUUUUUUAUGCAGAUCUUCAAUAUCCUUUUGGUUUCGCAAGCAGCUCGAUCUGCUAAGACUUUUUGCUCCUAUCUUGGGCUAUAAGGGUGAAUGCGCUAUAUCGAGCAUUUCUCCUCAAAAAAUUACUAAAGACUAUACAAAAGAGAACAUGAAUAUCAGAAUCACUAAUAAUUACCAUAAGCUUUUUUUAGCUUAUCAAGGCUUUAUAAACCUAUCAAGCAUUCGAUGUGGUAUUCAAAUAUUAACAAAUUCUUUGUAUACAUCAGUGACUGCUAUUGCUUUGCUCCCAUCAGGGCAGUCAUUAAGGACGGUAAUAGAUAAAAAAUUGAUUGUAUCAAGAGUUUCGAAGUUAAAGAAAGUUAUAUUAACUAAUAUAACACCUAAGCUGUUUUUAUCAUGCAGCAGAGAUGAAUUGUUUUUAAAUUGGAAUGAAGAUUAUGGCAGCUCAUUUUUUACAAUUAUUACUAACGUCAAAGGAUAUCCUAAAACAGUUACAUUGAUGCUUAAUCCACAUCCUAUUGAAAAUUUAAGAAAAUUAGCACUCUCUUUGACCGAACAAUUUUUAUUGGUCAAAAUACACUCUUUAUUGCGCCUCAAAUCUAGCUGCCUAUCUUUUAAAAUAAGAAUACUAUAGAUAUUACAGUAUAUCACUCUUAAUAUAUUCUAAUGUGAUUUCUCGCAUAUUGCAAUUAUAUUGUAUGCUCUAUCUCUCAUGUAAAAUAUUUUUACACGAAAAAAAUUUUUAAUAUAAAAUUUUUCAAUAAAUAAAUAAUUUAUGAGCCCAGAUCUUUGACCGAAUUGAGUUAUUUACCAAGGAUAGAAGUGGAGAGUUAGAGAAAAUGCCAAGAAAGGGUUUGAUGUAGUUUAUGGAGAAAGUGAGGUUCACGUUAGCUACUCCCGAAUACAGUCCAAACCGUUAGGUCUUUCUACAUUAAACGAAAUAAAGCAAAAACUUUUCAAGCACCUUUAUUAUGACAUAAAAGCAGAACAUUUACAAUGGAUCGACCAUAUUACCGAUAUUUUUGACAAGAAAGAAAAAAAUUCUUUAUUCAUGGAUUUAGACUACAUAUAUGAAGUCCUAGGUAUCAAGCUUUUCCACUUUAAUUCCUAUUUCAUGUACGAACUCGGCGAAACUGAUUAUAAAAUAGAAAUCUGGGUCUACAAAGAGCACGCAAUGCUAAAAAUUUUCAAAAAUUUGCAGCUGGUAGGCCAAGCUGAAUCUGGGUCCUCCAAUUACAAAUUCGUCACAAGCCUACAAAUCCUCGAUAUCAUUUCCAGCCCAGUUACGCUAUCAAAAUCCCUUGAAUUUCGCCAAUAUCUAAAACAUCUUGAAGAAGAAAUAAGCAGAAAUGAGCAGGCUCCAAAGCUAAUAUAA